ACACUCUUCCCUUCCUGAUCAAGAGUCUCAGCAGCCCACAACACAUUUUCAUGGCGGCUUCCACCUUAGACUUAGAGCUCACCGUCCUCUCCUGCCGAGACCUCAAAGCCUUCAACUUCUUCCAGAAGCUCUCCCUCUACGCCGCCGUCUCCAUCUUCUCCGACCCCGCCAACUCGAAUGGUAGACACACCAGCUGCCAGCCUCAACGCCAGAAGACGUUGGUCGACCGAGUCGGGGACCGGAACCCGGACUGGAACCACACGAUGAGCUUCAACCUCGAGCCAUUUAAGUCCUCCCCAGCCGAUGAGAAGCUCUCGGAAGAUGUAUUUGUUAGGUUUGAGGUCCGGUGCGAGGGCACCGUCUUCGGAAAUAGGACGGUCGGUGAGACCCGGGUCCCGUUAAGGGACCUUGUCGAGGAGUUCCACGGAGCCAGGAGGUUCCUGAGCUACCAGGUUAAGACGGGCGAUGGGCGGGCCAAUGGGGUAUUGAACUUCUCGUACAAAGUGAAUGGAAAGUCGUCCACUGAAACCAGCGCGACUGACAACCAGAAGUUCCGCACUGUCGAACCUACGCCAAGGGUUCAUGAACUUAGGUUCUCCUCGCCAGAAGUUAUUCAGACGAAACCGAAGGAUAUAUCAUAUCCUCGAAUCGAUAUCGCUGAUACUCAGCCUGUGUCUCUGCUCCCGCUGAUGCUGUCCCAGCAAACGGCUCCAUAUGACAAUGUUUUCUAUGCCCAAAGUAAUAGACAGGACAUAUAUAGUUACGAGAUGUACCCUCCGGCGCCCGUGCCGGAAAAUGUUCCACGACAAUAUCCAAGCAAGAUGGAGGUCACUGGUUAUGGAUACUCUCUUUGGGGGCACAACCAAUUCAGGGUCUGAUAACCAAAGAGACGAUGACUGAUCGAUUCGGCCAGCCUGCCGGAGCCAUGCAUCUACAUACUGUCACUUUAUCGAGGACCUUGCUAGCUAGAUUAAUAUCGCGUUACUAGAAAAGUUAGUACGGCACUUAAUCUCUCUGUAACAGGUCUUAUAUGCAGUUCUUACAUGGUUUUUUUUACGUCGAUCGGCAUAGGUGCCAGAUGUUGUUUCCAUGUCUUAGUUGAUCUCCAGUGUUAUUCAAUUUUCUGGUGCUAUAUAGGUCGUAUUGCAGUUGUAUCAAAUUAGGCGAUGAUAUGUCACGAUGAACUUAGUUUUUGUUGGUUAA